AUGCUUGUACAGCAGAUGCAGAAGUCCAGCGACGACAUGCUUGCUCGAUUGGAGGUGGUUUACAAAGGAUUCGACCGUCGGACGUGGCAGAAGAUCGUGUGUGUUUGCGUGGCCCACUGGUUCGAAAUGCAGGCGAUUGUCGUUGCCUAUGGCACGGCCAUGAUCGCUCGUCUUUAUGCCGAGGAUGAAGAUAGUGAUGAGGAGGAGGGUGCAGAGGAGGAGGGUGCAGAGGAGGAGGGUGCAGGGGAGAGCGAGGAGAUGAGUGAGGAUGAUGGAUUACGGAGUGUGCGAAGGAGACUGACGUACGAUUGA